AUGCAUAACCCAAUCACUCUUAUGCAGAAAAACGAGGGAUCGUACAACUAUCUUGGUUUUGCCGCGUCAGAUGAAUAUUGUACACCCAGAGCAAUUGAGUCACUGAGGAAGUAUUCUGCAAGCACAUGCAGUAGCCGGGUGGAUGGGGGCACUACUGCUCUGCACAAUGAAUUGGAGACAUGUGUCGCCAACUUUGUUGGUAAGCCAGCUGCUAUAGUUUUUGGAAUGGGCUAUGUCACCAACUCUGCUGUUCUUCCAGUUCUCAUGGGCGAGGGAAGUUUGAUCAUCAGUGAUUCAUUGAACCACAACUCCAUUGUUAACGGUGCAAGAGGUUCUGGAGCUACUAUUCGUGUUUUCCGGCACAAUACGCCAUCUCAUCUUGAAGAGGUUUUGAGAGAACAAAUUGCCGAGGGACGGGCAAGGACCCAUAGUAGCUGGAAGAAGAUAAUUGUUGAUGUGGAGGGGAUAUACAGCAUGGAAGGAGAGCUUUGCAAACUUCCAGGGAUCAUAGCUAUCUGCAAAAAAUAUCAGAAUGUUUUCAGGUCAGAACUUGAGAAGAUGGGUUUUGAAGUUCUUGGGGACAAUAACUCCCCUAUCAUACCAAUCAUGGUUUACAACAUAGCAAAAAUCCCUGCCUUCUCAAGGGAGCGCCUCAAGCGAAAUGUAGCUGUUGUAGCGGUGGCAUUUCCAGCAACCCCAUUAUUGUUGGCCAGAGCAGGCAUAUGCAUAUCUGCUGCUCAUUCAAAAGAAGACCUUAUCAAGGCCUUGGAGGUCAUCAGCAAGGUGGGCGAUCUGGCGGGCAUAAAAUACCUUCCUGUGAAGCAGGGGAAGUAGAAACAUAAAUAUGUUGCU